AUGUUCCGCGCGGCUAACCGAAAAAGCAUCGGCAAAGCGGGGAACGGCUGGCACUUUCGCCGGACGAUGGACGAGCUGGUCCACGAUCUGGUGUCGGCCCUGGAGGAGAGCUCGGAGCAGGCGGCGCGGGGCGGCUUCGGUGACGGCGCCGACCACGCCCUUACGGUGGGCUGCUUGCUCAAGAGGCAGGCCAGGAAGCGGCGGGGCAGGAAGCGGCGUUCCGACAAUCCGCACCCACCGUGGGAAACGGUCCACUUGAGCGAGGGCUCCGAGUCCAGCGUCGAAGAGCACAAGGACUACCGGGCGGGCACGGGGGGCGCCAACAGCCACGCUCGCGACAACAGCGACUCGGACGAGCAGCUGGGCGCCAAACGCCGCGCCCCGCAGACGUCGGAGGCCGGCAGGAGCAAGCGCCCCCUGUGGCCCGACGACCCGGGUGUCCCGGGCUCGGCCGAGGGCACGCGCAGCCUCCGGCGACGGCGCAAAGUCAAGCGCAUGGCCGUGGACCCCCCCGCCGAGCCGGAGCCCCCCUCCGCCGCCAUGCUCGCCCCUCCCUUCGUGCCCAAGCCGCGCGGCCGGGCGGCCGCGGAGAUCGGCGCCACCGCGGUGGGGAAGAACAGGAUGAAGAAGAGAAAGCUGGGGCCGCGCGGGACCACGCCGGCGGACGCCGCCGCUGACGAAGGGGUGGUGGUGGAGAGCGAGGAGCCCGUGGCGUCUUUGCUGGACGCCGCCGACAAGGACAAGAUGGAGCUGGACCAGCGAAAAGGAUCCGACGAGGAGAUGAGUGACAGGUGCGAAACCAGCAGCGUGAGCAACAGCAGCGACGGAGGCCUCUACACCAACGACGAAGGCAGGCAAGGCGACGACGAGCAGAGCGACUGGUUCUGCGAGGGCGAAGGGGGCUCGGGCGCAUGCGGGGUGGCCGGCGUCAUCCCGUGGUGGGAGAGGGACGCCGGCGCCGAGGAGCUGGAUCUCAACGACCCCGUCUUCAACAAUCUCCUCGCCGGCUCUUUCCCGCUCUUAACCCCGGACGGCAGGAGAGGUUUCCAGGCCCGGCUAAAUCGUCUGCACGGCCGGCCCGGACCCUGCGAAGACGGGACGCGGGGAGGCGACGCUCAAGGAUUCGGCGACGGCCGGCCGUGGUUCAGCUCCAGCUCCAGGAGAGAACAUAGCCAGUUGCACUGGGACGGUCGGACAGAACGAGGCCAUCGUAGGAGCUGCUCGGUCAAAACGGCCAACAGGCAGACCAGCGGCCACCUGGGCUCUUUGUGCAUGGGUGACGUCAAGCGGCGGCGGAAAGCGCCGCCCCUGGGUUCCGCGGCACCCUCAGUGGCGGCCGGCGAGAACGCGCCGCCCAUUCCGGACACCAACGUGGGCAAUCGCAUGCUGCAGAGCAUGGGGUGGACCCCGGGGACGGGCCUGGGUCCCGAGGGGCGCGGCGUCACCGAGCCCGUCCGGGCGCUGCAGAGACCCAAGGGCGCCGGCCUGGGUUUCAACUGA